AAUUCCAUACUGUUAAUCAAGGAAGUAGAAGCUCUGCAAGUAUAAUUUCGCUGGAGAUGGCAUUUCUGUUGAUAAAAAUUAUUGAAGACAAUCUGGGACGUAUUUACGACUUAUUUGGGUUUAGGCGUUAUGAACUUUCGUUUGAAACUAUGAAUAAAUCUUUAAAUUCUGAUAUACAACUGAUGACUGAAAGACAAGAACAUAUCACUCAAGGUUUAACAAUCUUGUUGAAAGAUCUUGAAAACAAUAAUAAUGUUAGCUCUCACGGAAGGUAUAUGAUAAUAAAUGAAAUAAAGGGUUAUCUAAUCAGUAAAUCAAAAGUUUAUAAGGCAAUUGAUAUAGAACCAUCUUUAGCCGAGACAAAAAUUUUUAGACCAGUAUUUAUAUUGUCACUGCCGAGAACAGGAAGUACAUUUCUUCAUUGUUUACUAUCUCAAGAUUCCAGAUGGAAAGCCCCAGCUUAUUGGGAAAUUUUGCAACAAAUACCUGUUAUAACUGAUCCUUUAAUGGAAGAGCACAAGAAUAUUAUAAAGACCUUUAAUCGUAAUACUAAUUUUUUGAAAGAUAUCUGGGGAAGAGAAGAUAUAGAAAAUUCCCAUUUGAUGGAUAUAACUGAUCCUGAAGAUGUAGCAACUCUUCUAGCAGCAGAAGGCUUACACUUUUUACUAAACGAUAUAUUUGAGUUGCCGAAUUAUAAGAGGUAUUUGUCAAACCUACCCUACGAUACAUGGGUAAAAAUAUACAAGAAUAUGAAAUUAAGACUGCAGGUCUUAUCUAGAUAUCAAAACAUGGAAAAUAGACGUCUUAUGCUAAUGUUUCAUCUGGGGUCAUAUAACAAUAAGCUGGCUCUUUUAGAUGUCUUUCCCGAUGCUCAAUUUAUAUUUCUCCAUAGAGAUUUAUCAAAGAUUAUUCCUUCGGUAGCAUCACUAUUCAGCUAUAUAGCUCGACAAUACUACCCGAGGAAUAAAGAAGAUGUUCAAUUGAUAUGCAAUAAUUUAACUAAAAGAUACAUAAGAGAGACGGAAACGAUUGAUGAUUGGCUAAAUCACGAAAAAUUUCAAAAUACGUCUUUUAAAAGGGUUCACCACAUUAGUUUUAAAGAAUUGGUGGAUUUCCCAUUAGAUACUGUUAAGGCUAUAUACAAUGCAGUAGAUAUGACGUAUACAAAUGAAUGCGAAGCAUUAUUUAAAACAUACAUCGACGAACAAAAACAACACAAAAGGAACAAGCAUAAAUACCGAAAUAUGAAUAUAGACAAAGAGGAAAUAGAAGAUAAAACUAGAGAGUAUUGUAAUAAAUAUUCUAUUCAGAAAGGACUAUAA